ACUGUUAUGUAGGUCAAAUCUGACAACAGGAAUGACAGUGACAGUAGAGAUAAAGAAAAAAAUAAACAGACCCUUGAACAAUUAUUUUACUAAUUUCUGAUAAAAUUCGGAAUGAAUCCCGUUUACAACUUUAUUCAAAUAAAUAGAGUGUUGGCGAUCAUUGAAAAGGCUCAACAAUCCGGUGCUCGAAGUUUAGGACUAGAUGAUUAUGAUUUAACAACUUUUCCAGAUGUGUUAUUAACGUGCCAAGGUCUUUAUUCUCUUAGCAUAGGUCGUAAUAGAAUUGUGGAAAUUCCUAACGAUAUAUCGCAAUUGAAAAAUCUCCAACAUUUAUCAUUAGCAUAUAAUAAUUUAGAUAGAUUUCCAGAAGCACUGAAGAACAUUCCACAAUUGUCAAGUUUGAAUAUUAGUCAUAAUCCUAUUAAAGAUCUUACUAAAGAUAUUGGAUGUUUGAUAUCACUAGAAAUGCUCUGGUGCAAUUCAUGCUGUUUGACUAGGAUCCCAGAUGAAAUAGGGAAUUUAACGAAACUUCAGACUUUUGGUGCUAGACAUAAUAAAAUUGUUAAACUACCUAAUACUAUUUGUGACCUAAUUUAUUUAAGGUGGUUGACAUUAGAAGACAAUAAAAUAUAUACUGUGCCCAAAGAUUUUGACAAGUUGCAGCUACUAAAACAUGUGAAUUUUAACAAAAACAAUUUUAGCCAUAUUCCCUAUAGGAUUUCGAAGAUUAAAACAUUGAGAUUCCUGUAUUUACAAAAUAAUGAAUUUUUCUCUUUACCUGAAAGGACGAUAUUUGCAAUGCCACAUACAAAAAUAAAUUUACAAAAUAAUCCAAUUCAAACGAAUGACUAUAAGAUGUUUCCAAAUGUAAUAAUAACAGGAGCUGAAGAUGAAUUUCUAGAUAUGCUCGGAUAUGAUUCUGACUCCAGUUCUGAUGAUUGGGAUAAUAGUUUGGAAAGUGCAGAUCUGAAUUUGGAGGGUUCUGAUUCAGAAAGUGAUAAUGAAAAUAGAGAAGUGAUAUCUAAUAUACCUGUACUUUCAAAAUUUUUGGUAACAUGUUAGUUUUUAAUUAAAUUCAAAAAAUUAUAUUGAUUCCAAUUAAUGUAUUAUUGGAAAUUAUAAAAGCAUGUAUAUUUCAUAUAUAUUUUCUUGAGCCUUAUUGAAUAUUUUGAAAUGAUGUGGAAAGUUGAGUUUGUACACUAGUGAGAAAUGAAAUCCUGCUUCUUAAUUGAAGCUUAUUAACUAGUGACAAAUGUACUUUCCACGCCAAUUCAUGGGGUGAAAUAUCAAGUACUUUGUGUAAUUGGAAAAAUAUGGUUUACAAAACUGAAUAUUUUGUACUUGUGUGACCAAAAUAUAAAAAAAAAUAGAUAUUUGAUUAUAACAAGAAGCCAAAAAUUUAUUGUUAAGAAAAAAUGUUAAAUGAAACUUCUAUUUUCAAUAUUUUGCCAAGUAAUAUUUCGGAUAUAAUCACCGAUCAUUAUUUGUAGUAUUGAUAUUUUCUAUUUUGUGCAAAUUUUAAUAAAUCCGUUAAAUUCAA